CUGAUAUCUGUGUGUACCCUUCAGCACCUAAAUAUGUUGCCCAUUUCGGCCGACUGCCUGAAGUUUUCUAACAGGGUGUGAAGGCUAAUCAUUUAUUGUGUACAUCGAGCAUACAAGCAAGCAGUUUUAUGGCUCCUACACAUUUUUCAAGGAUGAUCAACAUUUUGGCUCUUGUGUGCUUGGGAUUAAUCUCAAAGGUUGAAGCACAAAUGGGAGUGGAAUUUCAGGUACAGUUCCCAUACAUGCCUGAAGGUCAACAAAUUCUAAUGAUGUACUCAACCAUGAUGAAUAAAUUCGAUGUUUACGUCACGGCUCCGAUGUGGCAAAACCCCGUUUUUGAAAAAGUCGCUCUCAACCGUUUGCAGGUCACUACUUACGUGGUCCAGCGGAAAUAUAUAACAUCAAGAAGUGGCACCACCACGUCUAUUGUCGCGAAAGGAAAGUUCCAGUUUGGGAUGACGGUGUUUAUGCCGGUGUCGUUCCACUCGGCUGCCAGUUUCCUGGCCAUACCAACAUCCGGUUGGGGCGCGGAGUACUUUAUUCUGAUACCAAACUUUAAUUGGAAGCGUGACGUCAUCAAUCGCUGGCAGACGUCAUUCUCCAGACUUGAAACCGGUACCCGCUACAUAUCGUCAGCAAAUAGAAGCUUGAUCAAGCUGGAGACGCGCCAGAUCGAGCGCCUUGAGGAAGAGAUCCGCCCCCUGAUUGAGGAGGACUUCACGUGGAAGGACGCCUUCGCCCAGUACACGCUCCAGAACGUCCUGCUCGCUUUCAGCCGUGGGCUGAGCUUCAACAGACGCCUGAGUGAGGCUGCCUUGGUCGACGCUAGGGACGGGCCUGACGUAGACGGGGAGAACAAUAGAGAUGAGAUUGUACAAGUCCAUAAAUAUUCCGACAAGCCCAAUGGUCUAUUCAACAGGCACAUGUACUACAAUCUACCCGAGACAGAGUACCAACGAGCGUCCAUCUACAGGAAUCUACCAACAGAAAGCUUACCCCCUAUUCCAGAAGAAUCCACCAACUUGUCAUGGGAGUAUGGCUUGCUAAUGGUCCUCUUCAGUCAAAACAAAAUUAUACAGAUCGUGAUAUUGCUUCAUGCUACUGUGUCUAACGCCGUAGCUCAAGAAAAAUCUUUUGACAGCGCACUUUCUCUAGCAGAAUCAACAGUGUGUGUGAAUACUCUCACAGUAUUAUAUGCCGUCACAAUAAUCACUCUCUUGAUUUUUCUGUUGGUCAUUAUAUCGCUGCACUUUUACAAUAAAGCGAAAUUGAUGGAAAUACAAAAGAAACACUUCGAAGAAAAAAACAAAGAGCAAGCAAUUGAAAUAGCGGCAAAUAAAAUCCUGUUUUAUCUGGAAUGGAAGAAAAGCCUGGUUCCAGCUCCUAAUGGUUAGUGGCGGCUGAAUUGAAUGUAGCGGCUUAAGUCAAAGGCGUGUGACGCUCACACCAGCAAGUUUUCUGGCCAAGUCUCUCAACGUCUUUACUAAUUUACUAAUUUUUUUUUGGCAGCCCACAUGCUGUUUUUUGUUUUAACUCCACGAUAAUUUUUUUUAAAUUCCUUAAAUUUUUUCUGUUGGUUGCUAUAAAUUAAAAAUGAAUAAUUUGUGUUUAAAAAUUGUUAUAAUUUCAGUAAUGAAACUUUUAACAUAUGUCUCAAAAAUGAAAUAUUUUAAAUUUUAUUUAAAAAAGAAUUCCUGACUUGACAUAAAGUUUCAGGGUUUUAAAAUUUCAGUUGGGGAUUGAAUAUUAGGAUAGGAUUCACUUUAAAAAAUGUGUGGUAGCCCUUAAAAAUGUCUGUUUUUUGUGAUUUAAUUGUUCAGGACAAGAAAUAUAUCCAUGAUAUAUAAAUCGAUAUGACAUAAAAUUUAGCUUAACUGGAUGUCUAAUUAUUUUUUUAAUUACUUAUUUAAUAUUACCUACAAAAGUAAGGGAUCCUCAUUUUGUGCUCAGUAGAUUUUAGCCAUGCAACUCUAUUGUAUUAACUAUUUUAAAGUACGGAAAAAAAUUGCAUGGGAAAAAAAUGGCAUGGAAAACUGAAUUUAUAAGUUGGAACAUUGUAAUAGUAGUCUUGCAGUUCAGAUAUUUAACUUUUUUUUAAUUAGCUACUGCUUUCUUUGUUCUUUAAAGAUUGUUUUUUAAGAUAAUGCUAAAGCACAAGUUCAAUCACCGUAUUCCUCACGGACCUCUUUACUAAUAAUUAAAAAAUAAUGUU